GCUUUUCUCCCUUUCACCGAAGAAAUGGAAUAUUUCACAGUUUGGAGUCUCUGGAACAUUAAGGCUUCAGAGUUCGUCAUGAUUUCUUACGUAAAUCAUCUCUCUAGUUUUCGUAAAAAUCGGUCUAUAAAAGACUUCUGCUUUUUCUGAGCACCAUUCUUGCUCAGUCCGGGUCUCGCCCUCCAGCCCCACGGCCACCUCUGCCCACCGCGGCCCUGGACGUUGAUCUGGCAGGUGCGAGGCCGAGGCCCGGGGCUGAGAGGAGGCCGAGCUUACACAGCGCGCGCCCCACAGGAGGCGGCAGCAGCGUAGGCCUGGCCGCCCGAACUUGGAGAGCCUAGCGGGGGAGCGCGGAGGCGGGCCGGCCUGCCCCGCCAGCGCCGGGGGAAGAUCGCUUUGCGCCAGCUCGCUCUCCGCCUUCAAGCAGCCAGCGCCGCCGAGCCUCUAAGGCCCUGCGGUUCUCCGCAGCCGUCUUAAUUAACAAGUCUCUUCCCCUCACCCCCGCCCCCGCCGGGCCCGGGGCAGCCCGGGGUUUCGCGUCGCAGAUUCCAUCCCGCCCGCCAGCCCGAGGAGGCCAAACCCGGCUCUGCGGGGCCGAACGCCGCCCCAGCUGGGGCCUGGCCGCGGGGCUGGCGGGUGGGAACCGGCGCAAGAGACGCGAGGAGGGAGGCAGGGAGCGAGGAGGCGGGAGAAAGGGUGCGGGGCGGGGGGCGGGGCGCGCGAGGCGGCGAGCGAGAGCGCCACCAGGGCGGAGGGCGGGGCGUGGGCGGCGCCCGGCCUUCCCGCUCCCGCGGCGCUGCAACUCCGCCGAGCCUCCUUAAAACUCUGCCGUUAAAAUGGGGGCGGGUUUUUCAACUCAAAAAGCGCUCAAUUUUUUUCUUUUCAAAAAAAGCUGAUGAGGUCGGAAAAAAGGGAGAAGAAACCGGCACCGUCUCUGCAGCGGCAACAGAAGCAGCAAUUGUUUGAGCGUAAAAAGAAGCAAGGGAGGGAGGGAAGGAAAAGAGCAGAAAGGGGGACGACGCGCAAGUGUCUGUAGGGUUGAAGGGAGCAGGGACCGGCGAUUUGGGGGGACCGGCUACAAAAGAAACUGUCACUGGGAGCGCUGCGGCUCGGGAGGAAGCAGUGCUGCCCCGCUCGGCUCCAGGGCACAGCUGGCUGGCGGCCGCUGCCCUGUCGGCGGCGUAGGCUGGGGGCACAGGCCAGGGGACCGCGAGAGGUUGGCGAAGUGGCACCGGGCGCCGAAGCCGCUGGGCUCUCUGCGAGAGGGCAGCGGGACUGGCUGCGCCCUGGGAUUGUGGCGACUCCCCAUACUGAGAGGUUGGCCUGCGCUUCCCAGGACCCUCCCGAUCUCCGGAGGCCCUCAGAAAACCGGGAAAGGAAGGAAAAGACAGCGGCGGCAGCUCAAUGAGCGUCUACAGUAGGAAGUCUGAACUGGCUCGGUCGUAGGCGGGAAGUUACCGGUGGGCUGCCCUGUGCAGCCGCGAUGCUGCCGCGCGCUGCCGCAGCAGCCCGGGCCCCGUAGACGCUUCCCGCAUCGCUCUCCCCUUCCUCACGCUGCUGGGAGUCCCGGGACCCGGUGGGGCCGGCAUGACCGGCUUGCCGGGGGCCCGCCGCGCGCCCGGCUGUCUCCGGAGACGCGCGCCGAGCCUGGCUCCCACGGCCUCCGAGGCUCGGCGGGGCUGCGGCAGCGCGGCGGGCGGGCUCCGGAGCCUUCCCGCGCGGCGUUAGCCCUCGGCUCGGCCCGGACGCGAAUAAAGGCUCCUCUGGAGAAGCCGAGGCCACUGAGGAGUCGUUACAACCUGUAACUUGAGGGCCACGGAACUGCUACUCUCGUUUGCCUUUGGCGAUCGUCUUUAACCCCCCGAAGCACGUCAGCAUCCAGCCUUUGCGGCGCUCUCCCUGCAGCGGAGGACUCAGGACUACCCCUUCGGCGAGACGGAUGGACACCGAGCCCCUCCGAGGACCUGCCCCUGCAGUUCUGGCUGUCGCGGCUCAAGUCACCACCGUGAACAAGGGACCCUAAAGAAUGGCCGAGCCUUGGGGGAACGAGUUGGCGUCCGCAGCUGCCAGGGGGGACCUAGAGCAACUUACUAGUUUGUUGCAAAAUAAUGUAAACGUCAAUGCACAAAAUGGAUUUGGAAGGACUGCGCUGCAGGUUAUGAAACUUGGAAAUCCCGAGAUUGCCAGGAGACUACUACUUAGAGGUGCUAAUCCCGAUUUGAAAGACCGAACUGGUUUCGCUGUCAUUCACGAUGCAGCCAGAGCAGGUUUCCUGGACACUUUACAGACUUUGCUGGAGUUUCAAGCUGAUGUUAACAUCGAGGAUAAUGAAGGGAACCUGCCCUUGCACUUGGCUGCCAAAGAAGGCCACCUCCCAGUGGUGGAGUUCCUUAUGAAGCACACGGCCAGCAAAGUGGGGCAUCGGAACCAUAAGGGGGACACCGCUUGCGACCUCGCCAGGCUCUACCGGAGGAACGAGAUCGUUAGCCUGAUGGAGGGAAACCGGGCGGAGGGAGCUGCGAAUCUGCAAUGAAUGUGGGGAGGGCUCUCCUACACUGCGUUCUAUCUUGUCAGUUAAAUGGUUGGCUGUCCUGUUUUAAUAUCAUUUGUUAAAAUUCAGUUUUGUCAUAUUUUAAGCAGCUAGUUAAAUCUGCUGAAAUUGCUAAGUGGAAAUCUUACUACAGGAUUACGAAUAUAUUUAAGCAACAUCUUUUUCACCUGCAAAAUCUUGAGUUCUAACAUGUAAUUGCAAAUAGCUUUGGCUUUCUUCUGAAUAUUUUAUCUUUCCUUGACUUUUUCCUUGCUUCUCCCUUUGCCCGUCUCAAUACCCAACUUGGAGACUUUGUUUUAAAAAUGGUUUGUCCUGAUGCUUCUUUUGCCUAAUUAAAACACUUUUCCAAAACAGGA